AUGUCGGAGACACGUUGGAAUCGAUCUAGCAAUGAACGAAGCGACAACUCCGAGAUUCAACACAGAAGAGUUGUAAUAGAGAACAGUCAUGGUGAGAAACUCGUGGGAGUUUUGCAUGAUACCGGCUCCACUGAGACUGUUGUCAUCUGCCAUGGCUUUCGUUCAUCAAAGGAUCGGAUUCCAAUGCCGGCCAUUGCGAAUGUCUUUGAAAAGGCCAUGAUCAGUUCUUUCCGGUUUGAUUUCGCUGGCAACGGGGAAAGCCAAGGAUCAUUUGAGUAUGGCAACUAUCGCCGUGAAGCUGAAGAUCUGCGCUCUGUUCUGCAACACUUGCGUGGGGAAAACCGUGACAUUUCUGCAAUCAUCGGACAUAGCAAAGGUGGAAGUGUGGUGCUUUUGUAUGCAGCAAAGUACAAGGAUGUGCACACUGUUGUCAAUAUCUCUGGACGGUUUUUUCUUGAGAGAGGAAUAGAAAUGCGGCUUGGUAAGGACUACUUAAAGAGAAUCAAGGAGAAUGGGUUCAUUGAUGUUAGUAACAGAAAGACAACACCUUUCCUUUUUCUCGUUGCAGGAAAGUUUGAAUAUCGAGUUACUGAAGAGAGUCUAAUGGACCGUCUCACAACCAACACUCAUGAAGCAUGUCUCUCAAUUCAUGAAAACUGCAGGGUGUUAACAGUUCAUGGAACACACGAUAGAAUAGUGCAUGUAACAGAAGCAUCCGAGUUCGCCAAAUACAUAAAGAACCAUAAACUGUGUCUUAUUGAAGGAGCUGAUCAUGAGUUCACUUCUCACCAGCAUCAGCUGGCUUCUACUGUUUUAUCAUUCUUCAAAAUGGAUCUGAAAAAAGAUGAAGGUGGUAUCAGUACAAGUAACCGAGACCGCAUAAGAUCAGCGCUUACGAUCAAGCCGCGAAUUUAAAUAGCUUCGUUCAAUACAGGCUGCCAAGAUUAACGUUUAGGGUUGUCUGGUUUUAAGCACAUCAAAAGUUCUUACGAUUGAUAAAGUUUUUU